AUGUGGCUGAUUAUGAAGAGAAAGCUUCUUACUCAAGACAAAAUUCUGCAGUGGGAUCUUUCAAGGCGAAAAAACAUGAAUAUGAUGUGCUGUUUAUUGUGCUAUGAGAACUAUGAUUCUCAUCAUCAUCUAUUUUUUGAGUGUAAAUUCUCUAAUGAAGUUUGGAGUAUGAUUCGAGGUAAAGUGGGGAUGGCGGCCGUGAGUUCGAGAUGGGUGGAUAUCAUCGAAUGGUUAUGUGCUCGAGUUCGGUCAAAGAAUGCUGAGGUUUAUGUUGCGAAGAUUCUAGUUGCGGCAGCUGCGUAUACUAUUUGGCAAGAGCGGAAUGCUAGAUUAUUUAGAAACCAACUGCGCCCACCCGAAAUGGUAAAAGAUACUAUUCUGAAAACGGUGAGAUACAAGUUGAUGGGAGCUAAGCUAAAGAACAAUGCUAGGGUGCGGAAGCUGCUUGGGGAUUGGGAGAUUUCAACCGAAACUAAAGAUGAUGGGGGCUAA